UCACUUUUUGAAAUCGAAAUAGAAGUUGGUAAACAAAAUGUCCGGGAACACCGAUAACAGUCAGUUUAACGAUGACGAACUGGUGCCACCUGAGUGGCUGAACUCGGAGUUCAUAGCAGAUGUUCUGGGAUCCCAUGAAAAAGAACCCGAGCUCACGGUAAUCGACUUAACCUUCUCCCCGGCGAGUGCGAAGGGCGAUCACUAUGCCAGCAUCAUGUUUCGGGCAAAGGUCAAGUAUACCACCCCCAAGGGGGAGUUUAAAAAGUCGUUGAUCAUUAAAACGAUGCCAGAGGCGGAGGGUCACAAGAAGGAGUUGCUAGGGGGAUCACCCAUAUUCGUAACGGAGAUGGGCAUGUAUACUAAGGUGCUGCCCGAAUUCGAGAGGAUUCUUCGCCAGGCAGGCGAUAGCACCAAGCUGUACGUCAAUUGCAUAUAUCACAGUCUAGUGCCGCAUCAGGUCCUCAUCUUUGAGGAUCUGGUAGAGGUGGGCUACUUUGUGCUGAGGGAUCGGGAUGCCACCCUAGACGAGAUUCACCGGGUGUACUUUAAACUGGCUAAGUGGCAUGCAGUCAGCUUAAAAGUUCAGUAUGAGCAACCAGAUCUUCUAGAACCAUACACACACGGACUAUUUGAGAUGCCACAUGUUAUGACUGAGCCUUUCAUGAAAACUGGAAUCGAAUUUUUCGUGGAACUUUUGAGUACAGAACCGGAGCUUAAUAAGUACAAAUCCUAUUUUGAAAGCAUCAAGGGAGACUUUCUGGAGCUUCUUUUGGCAGAGUGGAAGGAAACCCGGAACAACCCAAAAGUAGACCAGUACAGGGUACUUUGCCACGGGGAUCUACACCUUCGAAACAUUAUGUUCAAGUAUAAGGAUCCCGGAUCCCUCCAAGACUGCAUGUUACUUGAUUUUCAAAUCUCGAACCUUUUUCCCCUGACAUUCGAUCUGGUUUAUUCGAUAUAUAUGCUUAUGGAGCCAGAACAUCGUUGGAAGCACUGGGAUGAUCUUGUCAACUAUUACUAUUUCGUACUAGAGGAUGUUUUAAAGAAAGUCGGAUACAAAGGUGAAAUGCCAACACAAUCGGGUCUUUGGCAGCGCCUGCAUCAGCAUAAAUACUAUGAAUUCUUUCUUAUAAGCACCUUCUUGCCUUUGAUGUGGGCGUUAAGGGAUACGUCUGUAGACUUUGGCGAUUUGCUUCAGAAUGAGGAAAAGCGAAGAAAAUGCUCCUUUUCUAAAGAAUACAUUGAGGAUGUAAAAAUACUGUUGCCCCGAUUGGAAAAGUUGGGCUUACUCCAAGCUUGAAAAACUUUUUCAACGGGCUUGCUUAUAUAGAAUCAGUAUUUUCAUUCCAUAUUUUACCUAGGUUACACACCUGAUUUGAACGUGGUGAUCAAUGUAAAGUGGUAAAUAAAUAAUAUAUAAAAUAUAGUGAGUCUGCUGAGCACGUUUUAACAAAAUAUCAUGAAAAUCCAAGCUAACAAAUGAUUUCAAAAGCAAACAAUUUAAAUGUUUACCUCAUUUGAAUCGCUAAUUUACGUCUCUCUAUGGUCGCUCAUCUGAAGCCUAGUGAAUGAGAAAUAUUUGCGUGUAUCUAAUUAUAUAUGUAGACUGACUGCCGCGGGCAAUUAAAGCCCCAUUUAUGACGCAGUCACCCAGCCAUUUUCCCUCAAUGCCAUCCGUAUGGAGUGCACUUAUUUUGUGUUUGUUUCCAACUGAUUAAACUAGCGGAUUACAGAUAAAACAGAAUUACAGAUGUGGAAAACGAGUGCGGUUUUGAAGUGACACAUCAAUAGAUAUAAAACAGAUUAAAGAAAUAUCUGUUGGCGCUGCUAAUAUUAUGGUUAUCAGUUCUUAAGUUGUGAAAAAAUACCGCUAAUAAAUGGUUUUCGCUUCGUCGACGUCAAUUUGAGUUAAUUGAUUGAGUGAUAACGGCGGUCAAAAACUGCGUAUUACAUUUAGCACAUACGUCACUAGAUCUUGAGUUUGACACUCACAAGUUUAAACAUAGAUAUGAAGAAAUAUAAAUAUAUAUAUAAAAUACA